AUGAUUAAUGAAUGUGCUUAUAGAGCUCAAAUUGAGAAGAGUGAAAUUAUGAAUGCAGUAAUGAAUAACGAAGCAUUAGCGCAUUUAGAAUUUAUAACAAACUGUUUACCAUCACUAAAAUCAUUUAGUGUAGAAUCAAUGAGGGAAAGAAUAGAAUUUGCUGCUGAAAAAAUUAAUGAAAAAUUAACAAAUAUAUUCAACGGAACUGAAAGAGAAAUAUUUAUUCCAUUACCGUCAGGCGAAAUACCAACAAAUGUUAAAAGAAAUAAACUAGUUGUCUUCCUUCAUGGCGGUGGUAUGUGUUUGGGUUCAGGAAAAACACAUCAAACAAUAUUUAAUCAAUUAGCAGAAGCAGAAGUUCCACAUUUAAAACCCAACAGAGUUCAGGUUUGUCCUUCCAGAUCAACAGAAACCAUAUGGUGUUCAGUUGAAUAUCGUCUUGCACCCGAGUAUAAAUAUCCCAUAUGGUUAGAUGAUUGUUUGGACAUAAAAUAUAUUAUGAAACACAAGACAUGGUUUGGUAAAUCACUAAAAACACAUAAACUGUAUUUCAUAAAAAUCGAAGGUGGAAAAGAAUCAACGAAGAUUGGUGUGGCAGGCGAUAGCGGUGGUGGUACCGUAGCUGCCUCAAUUUGUCAUACGUUAAAAAAUAUUCAUUUUAAAGUAGUUGACCCACAUUUUUCCAAUAAUAACUUUGAUUAA